AUAUAAAAAAAACAGCAUCCCACAUUCUCACUUCUGCAGACCGAGACAGCCUUUUUCUUUACAUUCUGGGACUUGAACUCAUUCUGCCUUUGAAAAUGGAAAAGUCCCUUUUCGUUGUUUUCCUUCAUUGUUCUGUAUUAUUAUCGUUAUCAUUCUUGAUUCCAGCUUUUCAUGGUGGAUCAAUAGCCGAAGCUGUAAGAACAAAAGAUGGAUCAGAAGCCUGGGGUUACGUUGAAGUCAGGCCAAAAGCCCACAUGUUUUGGUGGUAUUACAGGAGUCCAUACAGGAGUGAAGAUCCAGGGAAGCCAUGGCCUGUCAUUCUUUGGCUCCAGGGUGGACCUGGUGCUUCUGGAGUUGGGAUUGGGAAUUUUGAGGAGAUAGGGCCUCUGGACACAUAUUUGAAGCCAAGAAACUCAACUUGGCUCAGAAAAGCUGAUCUUCUCUUUGUGGACAAUCCAGUUGGCACAGGAUACAGCUUUGUGGAGGAGCCGAAUCUGGUGGUGAAAACUGAUUAUGAGGCUGCAGCUGAUCUAACUACGCUUUUGAUUGAAGUUUUCAACAGAAAUGAGAGCCUCCAGAAAAGCCCUCUCUAUAUAGUAGCAGAGUCUUAUGGAGGGAAAUAUGCUGUUACUCUUGGAUUGUCAGCUCUCAGGGCCAUUCAGGCUGGAAAACUCAAACUCAAGCUCGGAGGAAUUGCACUUGGGGACUCCUGGAUUUCACCAGAAGACUUCGUGUUCUCAUGGGGGCCUCUCCUGAAAGAUGUUUCCAGGCUCGACAACAACGGCCUGGCCAAAUCAAACAGUUUGGCGGAGCAGAUAAAAGGGGAGCUUGAUGCUGGUAAAUAUGUUGAGGCAACCGAGUCCUGGAAUGAGCUCGAGGGUGUCAUCACUUCCAGCAGUAAUUCUGUGGAUUUCUAUAAUUUUCUGUUGGAUUCAGGAAUGGACCCUGUUUCCCUAACAGCUUCUGAGCUAUCACGGCAGAUUGCAAAGAGACGGUACUUGAGAUAUCUGAAUUCCUUGAGGUCUUCUACUCCUGGUGGAGGUGGUGAUCUUGAUAGCCUCAUGAAUGGGGAGAUCAAGAAGAAGCUGAAGAUCAUCCCAGAUGACGUUCAAUGGGGAGGGCAGUCCGAUCUCGUUUUCACUGCACUAGAAGGAGAUUUCAUGAAGCCGAGGAUCGAUGAGGUUGAUGAGCUGCUUGCAAGAGGAGUCAAUGUGACUGUAUAUAAUGGUCAACUCGACGUCAUUUGCUCGACCAAGGGAACUGAAGCGUGGGUCGAAAAGCUCAAGUGGGAUGGGCUGAAAAGUUUCUUGAGCAUGGAUAGAACCCCAAUCUAUUGUGGGGACUCAAAAAUGACAAAGGGCUUCACCAAAUCAUACAGAAAUUUCAAUUUCUACUGGAUUCUUGGAGCUGGCCACUUUGUGCCUGUGGACCAGCCGUGUGUGGCACUAAGCAUGAUAGGUAGUAUAACUCAGUCUCCUGUUCAAUCAAAAUUCAUAAGCCAUUAAUUACAAUUAUUUUUUUUCUAAUAAUACACAAAAUAAUUGAAUUUGCAACAAGCAAUGCUAAUAACCAGUUUGCAAAUGUAAAGAUUUUAUAGCAAUAAUUGUUUCAUGCAGCGAUAGUUAUUUUAUUUUCAUGUUAGAAUUUUUGCCUUUUUCCUCUUUCUCUUAUUUUCCUUUUACUUAAGGUACUAUGAAUUUUCGAAUGUAAGGAUCUUCCAGUAUGAAGUUAUUUCCA